UCUGCGGGCAAGCGAGGGAGCUUCUCGGCUGAACUGCCCCGGAGCGGGCGAGAAGAGUCGCUAGCCGGGGCGCACGGGAGCCCACGGGGGCGUCGGUGGCGCUGGUCUCGGAAGGGGCGCCGCCGCGCCUUCCCAGUCUAUUAGUGGGAGAGGGUUUCUGUCCCACCCCAGCCACAGUGCGAGAGGGUGAGGAGGCUCUCGUUGCGGAGAACACGCUCAUGGUUACAAUUGCUGUAUCCCAGAAACAGCUACAGUUAUUGGAAAUGUCAACAGGCUAGACAUCCUACACCCGAAUCUGCGGCGCUUAGUCCUGUCCCCGGGGAUUAGGGGAUUCCUCCCGUUUGGGGGUUGAAGUGUGACAUUGCUGCCAGAGAAUCUGCAGAAUUCCGGGUUGUGCAGCCAAGCAGGAAAAGGUAUACCUUACUAGAGCCACCCCUUUGCAGUCUUGAAUCUUGUAAGUAUUCUCACAGCGGCAUGCUACUGGUUAAUUGUAAAUCUUUCAGUGCGGGGUCUUGGGUCUAGGGAAAUGUUUGUCCCCACUUGUCCAGGCCUUGACUAAACAAAAAGUGAGCGCUCUCCGUAAUUAAAACGUAAUCAUACAUGCAAAAUCCUGCUAAAUAGUUUAUCUGAAUAAUCAGACUGGUAAGUUAAAUCUGAAGUGAGGCCGUGUUAUUCAGUUGUACUUUGUGUACCUCUUUGAGAAAAGCAAGCACAUCUGUUUCAUAAGAGUAAAUAGAACGAUUGCGUUAGGGUUGGUGAUACAUGCUUAAAAACGUUUUAAUUAAGUAGUUCUAAGUCACAGAAACUGAUUAUUGUGUAACAUUAUUUAACAUGAUCUUCAGGUUGGUGGGUUUAUGAUUAUGGUGCAAGUAAGGUUAUAAUCAGAUCUGACAAGAUUCAGAUUUCUGUGAUUACUUCAAAUUAAAUACAGCAUAUGGGAAAUAAGACAGCUGUUCACGUUAUAUCUUCUGGGUUUUGUUUAUGAGCAGCUGGUUGGUCUUCCAGAAAAUAUGACAUUAUCACUCGAAUCUCUGGAUGUGACUUUGAUGUAUGUGAUUUAGUGUAGCAUCAUACAUAGCUCUUUGUACUUACAUGGUGAGAAAAAUGCUCUUUUUAACCAGACUUCAAUAGGUGUAGAAUUACAGGCAAGGGUCGUUCUUCAGACCCACUCUCAAACCUUUGUCUCAAAGAAUAUACUGACCUUAAAAAACAAGCAAACAAAAAAGCAGAAACCAACUCUGCCCUCUGAAAGUUUAUAAUUUAAACCCAUAGGGUUCUAUUUUUAUAAAAUAAGCAAAUCAGAACACAUUAGGCCACUUCAUCUGUAAAAAAGGUAUAGAAGUAAUUCCUGCCUGGAAGGGUCAUUGUGAGGAUUAAUGGUAUACACUGCCUGUCAUAUUGUGUGUAUGCCUGUUUUAUUUCUUCUGCCUUCUGUCGUAAUUGGGAGUUUCCUUCCCUUCCCUUUCUCCAGAGCAUCAAACAGGAUCUAAAGUGCAAAGUCCCACCAAAAACUAGCCAUCUUGACUGUGGCUGCUAAGUAGAGGAGAGAAACCUUAUCUAGUGGGGUUCUUAGGUUUAGUCAGUAUUGUCUGAGACCAGACAAGGAGGAGUGGCUGCAGCAAGGAGUGAGAUAACUGGGCAUUUGGGGCACAUGUAACAUUAAGAUCCAUAAAGAAACAUUUUAGAGCUGCAACAUCUCAGAGAUCAUCUAAUCAAACCCUUCAUUUUAUACCUUAAGAAUGGAGACCUGGAGAAGUGCAGUGGCUUGCCACAAUCAUGUUGCUCAGGACUACAAACCAGUCUUCUGACUUUCAUGACCGUAUUCCCAAUCUUUUCACAACUAAGACCCCUUUUAUUAUAAUUUGAUAUUUUCAUUGAUACUAUAUUUUGAAAGAUUGUGUCUACUAAACUACAUUCAUUCAUUUUUUUCUUAUCAAAAAGCAGGCCUAUAACUACCAAUCAGAGCCUCUGAUGAACAUGAGGUGAAGAAUAUUGCUUUACCAAAAAAGAAAAUAUGUGGAGUGGGCUGCUGCCUCCUGGACUCAAUGAAAGUGAUGUUGAGUUGAAUUCUGAAGAUGAAGCCACAUCAGAAAACUCCAGACUUCACUUCCAGGAAGCUAAAGAAGAUCAGAUGACUAGAAAUACAGAAAUUUCAGAUUUCCCGACAGAUGGACAAAAAACUGAAACAGAGGCAAAUAAAUUUCAAGAAUUGCAUAAAAAACAUUCUGAACAGAAAACCUCAACCUCAGGAUUCAGGAGGAAAAAAAGAAACCGCUCCAGGAAAGGUAAAUUGAAGAAUGAAGAGACAUCUUGUAGUGAACAAUCCUCAAAUGAAACCCAGUGGAAGGAGCUUACUGAGUAUUUUGGAGUCAAUGAUAGGUUUGACCCCCCUGUAAAAAAGAAAAAAAUUGACAAGUCAGGUCUUGAAAAGAGCAUAGACCAGGCUGUGGAAGAGUGGAAUAUCGAGAAGGCGGAGGAACUCAGCAACCACCUGGCUACUCGCGAGCUUGGUGUUAAAAUUGCAAAAGCUAUCGCCUGCCACAACUUUGUAAAAGCCAAAAAGGAGGCUGAAAAUUCACAGGUUGUUCGAAAAAAGAAGAAACUUGCAUGGGGAUUUGAAGCAAAGAAGAGAUGGGAAACCAAAAGCAACAUGGGAUAUAUGUAACUUGCCAGAGUUCUGCGAGAUCUUUCUGACUCCCAAGUGCUUGACUGACUGAAAAGAUUUUCUUGCUUACACUAAAUAUGUCAAGAAACAGAUAGAAGUAGAAAAACAAAGCCUAAAAUUUGGGAGUUGAUUAUCAAACCUUUUCAAUCUUUUUCUAAGGAGCUUAUCCUGUUGAUGCGGAGCAUUCUGUGAUUGAUACAAGAAAUCUAAGUAUACUACAGAAAGAAAUGAUAGGGUUCAUUUAUUUAUUUAUGUAGACCUGUAGUAUAAAGUCAGUUUUACUUUUCAUCUGUUUGGUAUAGCAUAGCCAGUGAGCUUCUUGAACUUUCUUGUCUGUACUUGGUUUAACUGCACUUACUCUGGAAUGUGGUUUUUAAGAUUGGUAUUUGUUUAUGAUGGAUUGGUGAUAAGUGCUGAGAAAGUCUUACUUGAUACUGUCUUUUCCUGAUGACUUUAAUUACCGUAAUGUUAUAUAAGUAAUUAUUGACUGUUGGGAGGAAGUAGAGUUGAUAUGUCACAGUCACAUGGUAAAAGCAAUUGAUUAAUUUUUGUGUACCUUCAGAUAAAAUAUUUCAAUAAAAAAAUCAUAGAUUGUA